GCACCUUUUUGGGCAUGCAUCCUGGGUGCAUUAGGACUUUUUAUCUACCAGUCUCUGGAUGCCAUUGAUGGGAAGCAAGCCAGAAGAACAAACAGUAGUUCUCCUCUAGGAGAACUCUUUGAUCAUGGCUGUGACUCUAUUUCCACAGUUUUUGUUGUCCUUGGAUCCUGCAUAGCAAUCCGACUAGGAACAAAUCCUGACUGGUUGUUUUUCUGUUGUUUUGUGGGACUGUUCAUGUUCUAUUCUGCUCACUGGCAGACAUAUGUAUCAGGCAUACUAAGGUUUGGAAAGAUCGAUGUAACUGAAGUUCAGAUAGCCAUAACAGUGCUGCUCUUGAUAUCUGCAUAUGGUGGAACGGCGGUGUGGGACUACAAGGUCCCCUUGAUGGACUUAGAACUGAAGUUCUUUGCAGUUAUUGGAAUACUGUGUGGAACAGCACUUUCUUUUUUCAAUUACUUCCGUGUCAUUUUUGGUGGAGGGGUUGGAAAGAAUGGAUCUACAAUAGCAGUCGCUCACAUGACAAAAAGUGAAAUCUCUCUUCAGGAGACUGCAUUUAUUGGGCCAGGACUUUUGGUUUUGGAUCAGUACUUUGACAGUUUUGUCGAUGAAUAUAUUGUUCUGUGGAUAGCACUGUUCAUAUCCUUGUUUGAUAUGCUGAGAUAUGCCACUGGUGUAUGCCUACAGAUUGCUGCUCAUCUUCACAUACAUGUCUUCAGAAUUUCAUCUCAUCAAGCUCCUGAACAGGUUCAAAACCAUAAUGACUGAUUAAAUAGGUUAAGGACAAGAGACAAAGUAGCUAGGGGGAAGUUGAAUAAAGCAGCUUCUCUUUUUUGGGGGGAAGACAGAUAAAGCUUUUCAAGAAAAAUAGUUCUAUGUGGAAACUCACUCUGCCCUAGACAUUACUAUAUG